GGAAAUGCCGUUGGGUCAAACUUAGUGUUAAACCCUUCGCAAUCGACGAUCUUCGGCAGUCAGUCAGACAUUCUUCCAAUGGUGAGAUAAUGGCGAGAAUGGGGCCGCUAUUCAAGGCGAAGAAAAAACCUGCGGCAUCUGUAGAUCGGCGUUGAGUGAGCCCCAGGCCGAUAGCGGGGGGACGGCUUGGUGGUCAGAGGGAGCGGCGACAGAGGACGGUUCAGGUGGCCGCUUCAAGGAGACUGCUGCGAUGCUACGUAGGCAUCUGGAAGAAAAGGGCUUUUCUACCAUGAGAGAGUGUGUGUGAGCCCGGUUCUCUGGAGACAGGAGCUCGAGCGACCAGAUUUUUUUGUUGUUGUUUUUAUUUUUACUUUUUUUAGUUCAUUGGUUUGCUUUUACAGACAGACGCAGAUUUUUUUGGACUCAGCGAGGAUACACAGCGAGCUGGCGAAGUUUUGGGGAAUGGCAGGUCGAAGUCGAAGAGCAUGGUUUAGUGUUCUGCUGGGACUGGUUGUCGGGUUCACGCUGGCUUCCAGACUCAUUUUACCCAAGGCGACCGAGUUGAAGAGAGCUGGACAAAAACGAAAAGCAAACCCCGCCGGCUGUGGGUUGAACACGGGUCUCAGAGAGGAAUACGGCAGAGUAUUAUGGCCACCGCAAGUUAACGGUUCACCGGCGACCGAGAAGCCUGGCUCCAGGUCCAGUAAUUUCCUCUUCGUUGGUGUCAUGACUGCCCAGAAGUACCUGACCAGCCGAGCCGUGGCGGCACAUAGGACAUGGGCACAGACAAUUCCAGGUCGCGUGGAGUUUUUCUCCAGCGAGGGCUCUGACACCUCCAUACCCAUUCCCAUAGUGGCUCUGAAGAAUGUGGAUGACUCGUACCCACCCCAGAAGAAGUCCUUCAUGAUGCUUAAGUAUAUGCAUGACCAUUACCUCGACAAGUAUGAGUGGUUCAUGAGGGCAGAUGAUGACGUCUACAUCAAGAGCGAGAAGCUGGAGAGCUUCCUGCGCAGCCUUAACAGUAGUGAAGCCAUCUUCCUGGGCCAAACAGGAAUGGGGGCACGGGACGAGCUUGGGAAACUAGCCCUGGAACCUGGUGAAAACUUCUGCAUGGGAGGGCCAGGGGUCAUCAUGAGCCGUGAGGUCCUCAAGAGGAUGGUGCCCCACAUCCGAGAGUGUUUGCAGGAGAUGUACACCACCCAUGAAGAUGUGGAGGUGGGCCGGUGUGUCAGGAGAUUUGCCAAGGUCCAGUGUGUCUGGUCCUAUGAGAUGCAGCAGCUCUUCUAUGAGAACUAUGAACCAAAUAAGAAGGGCUACAUACGAGAUCUUCACAACAGCAAGAUCCAUCGGGCCAUCACCCUUCACCCCAACAAGAACCCCCCUUACCAGUAUCGCUUACACAGUUACAUGCUCAGCCGCAAGAUUGCAGACCUGCGCCACAGAACCAUUCAGCUCCAUCGGGAGAUUGUCCAGAUGGGGCGCUAUGGGGCUGCUGAGCCCAGUCGGGAGGACCUCCAGCUUGGUGUGCCGCCCUCAUUUAUGCGCUUCCACCCUCAUCAGCGAGAAGAAGUUCUGGAGUGGGAGUUCCUGACUGGGAAGUACCUGUUCUCAUCAUCUGACAGUCAGCCACCUCGACGCGGGAUGGAUUCCUCUCAGAGGCAGGCCCUUGAUGACAUCAUCAUGCAAGUGAUGGAGAUGAUCAAUGCUAAUGCCAAGACCCGGGGACGGGUCAUUGAUUUCAAAGAAAUCCAGUAUGGAUACAGAAGAGUCAAUCCCUUAUAUGGGGCUGAAUAUGUGCUGGAUCUUCUGCUGCUGUAUAAGAAGCACAAAGGCAAGACGAUGACAGUUCCAGUGAGGAGGCACGCCUACCUUCAGCAGACUUUCAGCCAGAUCCAGUUCAGAGAGGAGGAGGAGAUGGAUGCCAGAGCUCUGGCCAGCCACAUCAACAAGGAUUCAGAUUCCCUCUCAUUUCUGUCCAACUCCUUGAAAAUGCUGGUGCCCUUCAAGCUGGCCACCUCAGGCCAGGACCAGAGGGAACCAAAAGAGAAGAAAGUCAACAUCUUGGUGCCUCUGUCAGGGCGAUAUGACAUAUUUGUACGCUUCAUGGCUAACUUUGAACGAGUUUGUCUGAUCCCAAAUCAGAACGUCAAACUACUGAUUCUGCUCUUCAGCACAGACAACAACACAGAGCGUGUCAAGCAGGUGGAGCUGAUGAGGGAGUAUCACAUGAAGUAUCCCCGGGCCGAGAUGGAGAUCAAGCCAGUGGCUGGUUCCUUCUCCAGGGCUCUAGCUUUGGAAGUGGGUUCCUUGCACUUCUCUAAUGAUUCGCUGCUCUUCUACUGUGAUGUGGAUCUGCUCUUCUCCAGUGACUUCCUCAAACGAUGUCGGACCAAUGCUGCCCUGGGUGAGCAGACCUAUUUCCCCAUCAUUUUCAGCCAGUAUGACCCCAAGGUGGUGUAUGCUGGGAAGGUCCCUAGCAACAACCACUACGUCUUCACCUCCAAGACGGGCCUGUGGAGAAACUACGGCUUUGGGAUCGUGUGUGUCUACAAGGGAGACUUGGUUCGAGUUGGAGGCUUUGAUACCUCCAUACAGGGGUGGGGAUUAGAGGAUGUGGACCUUUAUAAUAAAUUUGUCCAGUCAGGGAUUAAGUUGUUCAGAACCACAGACACGGGGAUAGUGCACGUCCACCACCCGGUCAUUUGUGACCCCAACCUGGAGGCGAAGCAGUAUAAGAUGUGCCUGGGCUCCAAAGCCUCAUCACAUGGCUCUACCCAGCAGCUGGCUGAGCUCUGGCUGGAGAAGAAUGACCAUGGCUUCAGGAGACUGGCCAGCAAUAACGGCUCAGUUAGGACAGCGUAAGAAAAGCUGAGCUGCAGACUGUCAGAAACUGAACCUGAAUAUGUUCUGUGCUCACUUCCUCCUCCUUAGUGGUGUUUUCACUACUUAAUUUAUUUUUACUGAAAUGAAAGACUUGUGGAUAUAUUUUGAAAAUAUGUCUUUUUUUUAAGAAAAUAUAUAGAAAUGCCAUCAUGAACAAAAAAAGCCAGUUUGGAAGUAUGUACAUGGAUUGAAGGUAGAAGGACUGUUGACCAAUAUUCUUGUAUGAGCCUGAUCACACCAGGGGCCUGAGGCUCCUUCAGCCCGGAAGGCAGGGGUUAUUUACAUGUACCUCAGUGAAGUACAUAGUCACUGUCAGUAAUUGUUCUAUUUGUCUUAUGUGCAGUAAAUAGACUGAUUUCCAUGUAUUCUCUGACCAACAGUGCUCGAACAAAAUCCAACUUCUGAUUGUGAAUGUUUACAAAAGACUGAUUCUAAACAAUAAUCCAUGAAUGACAAGUCAAAUCACAGCUGUCUCCAUGAUAACGAAGGGCCAUUUAAUUUGAUCUCUUCCAUUUUCAGUUGUUUCCUUUUUCCAUUUACUUUUAUAGUUUUGUUAAUAUGACUUAACACUGUUACUGUUUUUCUUUUCUUUUCUUUUUUAAAAUAUUUUUUCUGUAUUAUUAAUUUCUGUGAACACAACUGCUGGAUUUGAUAUCUGCAAUUCAUUAUUUGCUGUCUAAUUUAUUGAAUUUGCAGGCUCUGUUUUCUACACUCUCACUGUUGAAAUAUGUAUAUUGUUAAGAUUGUAUAACCAUGCCAGUUGUGGGAUAGUUUUUAUUUUCUCCCCCUGUUCCUUUUCUUAAACUCAUUAUCACCAAAGAGUUUUGCACAGUCUGCUUUAGGUGUCAUGUUGCCUGUGUGUACGUGUGUGUGUGUACGUGUGUAUGUGUGUGUGGGUGGUGUUUGCAGGCACAAACAUGAAACUGACUGUAUAAUGGAGGGUAAACACAAAAGCUCUAUCUAUCCCAGGCCUUUUGAUGAGUGAAGUGGGAGCAGGUCGGCCUUUAUGCCAGAGGAUUGAAAUGGGAGCAGCACUCUGGUUGGCCAGCUCGAGUCACACGUCGCUGUCUCUUUUUAUAAAUCACUUUCUUUUAUGACGAAAUAAAGUGUUGUGAUUCAUUCCUGUCUACAGAGGUGUGGCUUCGAUGCUGAUUCCACGGAGCUGUGAUGUGAAAGCCCACGUUGUCUGGUCCUGUGUUGCAGGUUUGAUGAUAGAGUAUUUCCUCAUGGCAGGUGUGAAUCACUCCUGCUCCUGCCUGUGCUGCCUAUAGACAGGUACUGUAUGUUGUAGCACUCCAUUCGGUAAAUGCUCCUGUUUCAGCAUUACAACAUGAAUGGCCCAUUGGUAUUUUUAACACUGAUAACAGGAUCAAUUACUGUGCUGUCAUCAUAGUGUUGUUGUUGUUUUUUUCUUGGACUUUUUUUGUAUUUUUGGUCUUUCAGCUCUGUCCAAGUGGACAAGGUUUUCUAUUUAAAAAGAAAUAAAAAUGGGGGGAAAGAAUCUGGA